AUGGCCGAACAACAAUCUGAGGAAAGCACACAAGGAGCACGGUUUGCUAUCAAAAAAGGGCAGCCCCCUGUUAGAGGAAAAGCUGACAGGCAUUGUGACGCCUCAGCAAGCCGUCCAGUCUCCGCGGGGUCCCUGCGGCACAUGUUGCAUGGUCUCCAUCAGAACAUCACGGAUGAAUGGCAGGAAAGACUUCAGCACGUCCUCCAAGAAGAAAUCACUAAGUCCUUCAGCGAAACCAACCCAGUACAAGGAAGCUGCAGAACGGUGGAGUCAGCUGCAGAUAGACGCGGCCCACCCAUGGAAAGACGACCUCUAAAGGAAGAAAGACAUCAUGUAAGAGAAGAACGUCCAGGACGGCGGACGAGCCUGGCAUCACAAAGACCCGCUUACAAGCCUCAGGGUCGUCACUUCACAAGUAGGCCCACCAUGACCUCUAGAAGGCCACAAGCAAACUUCACCCGAAAAGAAACUGGCCGAGACAAUGAAGACAGGCAUGAUACCCAAAGUUGUCGGAUACUGAAGAAAAUACUGGAUGGCUACGCGGCUAGAGGAUACCUACGUCAGUAUCUAUGUUUAACAGAUGCAAAUGAAGCCAGCAUGAUAACAGGCCAGGAGUCGUGUGCCUCUCCCCACUCUGACAACGGCGACAGUUAUUCAGACGAAGGGUUCAUAGCAGUAAUACCAGGAGGGAUCGCGGAAGGAGCAUCGUCCAGAGAAGGACGACAAUUCAGUUCGUCUCAUCUCUGCACCAAGCAAGUGGUUUUACCCCAUGUGGAAAUUUCCAAAGACGAUUACCGCAAGGCGGCAGCACCAUAUGAUGAUGACCCGUUGGUCUUGGAAAUUAAAGUGGAUAAUCUCAGGGUGAAAAGAGUGCUAGUAGACACAGGGAGCUCGUCCGACAUAAUCAGUUUGCAAUGCCUACAAAAGUUGAAGCAUGACCCUGGAACGAUAGAAAAAGUAUCCAAGCCCCUUGUGGGCUUCGGGGGAAGUGUCGUCCAUCCUAUCUGCUCCAUCCUGCUUCCCGUCUCCAUUGGCACACCUCCAGUAACUAAAGAAGGUGCCGUCCGAUUCACAAUUGUGCCAAGUCUCACUUCCUUUAACAUCAUACUAGGCCGCCCAACCCUCAAUGAUCUGAAGGCAGUGAUCGUCCCUUACUUACUGUUGGUUAAAUUUGUGGGAAGUAAUGGUGGCAUUGGAGCCCUCUACGGAAACCAACAAUUGGCCGAGAUUGCUACCUAUCUACAUUGGAACCGGCAGCUUGGGGAGCGUCUCCGAAAAAGAGUGAACAGUUGA